GGUCUCGUCCACGAGCCGCUUCCAAUCACAAAUCUCAGCACCAGCAUUGUCGGAUGGGAAAGUCAGAGCGAUCCUGCUAUGCCAUACAACUUCAAACCCUCGCAGAAAUGGACUUGGGUUGCGCUCCUAUCUGCCAUUACCCUGCUCGGCCCGUUCGCAACAUCGAUCUUGUCGCCCGCCAUCGACAUAUUGAAUCUUGAAUUCGACAAUAAGAACGCCAUUCUCGGGUCAAUGACAGUGACGAUCUACCUUUUUGGCUACGUCGUUGGUCCCAUCUUUAUUGGCCCACUUUCUGAGAUGUACGGCCGGAAGCUGGUGCUCAGCCUUUGCAAUGUAUUCUUCUGCCUGUGGCAGAUCGGCUGCGCGUUGGCACCCAAUAUUGAGACACUCGUCGUAUCGAGGUUUUUCAGUGGUGUUGGCGGUGCGGCGAGUCUGACACUUGGCGGCAGCAUAAUCGGUGACAUGUUCCGCCCGGAGGAAAGAGGCAAAGCAAUGGGAAUGUGGAACAUGGGACCAUUGCUUGGUCCAGUCAUUGGUCCUUUCCUCGGAGGAUUUCUUGCUCAAUAUAUCGGCUGGCGCUGGGAUUUCUGGAUCGUGCUGGCCGCAUCUGCACCUGUGACCUUGCUCAUCAUUCUGUGCACUAAGGAGACGUGCCACAAGGUUCUGAUCCAGCAGAAGACCGCGAGCCUCAGGAACACGCUUGCACGAGAGGAUCUGACCAGCUGCUAUGAGCCGACUUUCCGAACCGCAAAGGAGGCUGUGCGUCUCAGCUUCUCCAGGCCAUUGAAGCUGAUGUUCAUUUCCCCGAUCGUCUUCUUCCUUUCGCUGUACAUCGCUUUCGUCUUCGGAGUUGUAUACCUUCUGUAUACCACCAUUCCGACCGUGUUCCGGGACAGCUACGGAUGGAGCAGCGGCCAAACGGGAUACCCAUAUAUCUCUCUUGGUAUCGGGAACCUGAUCGCAUGGUUGUUCUUCACGAUGUACUCGGACAAAAUGGUCGUCAAGCUUGCCUCAGCAAACGGCGGUGUUUUCGCGCCCGAAAUGCGCCUUGUGAUUAGCAUACCAUUUGGAUGCCUUCUCCCGGUCACGCUAUUCUGGUACGGCUGGAGCUCAUCAUAUCGCGCUCACUGGGCGUCCACCAUCGUAUCGCUGGUGCCAUUUGGAAUCGGCAUCAUGGGACUGUUCCUACCGAUUAGUACCUACAUUGUCGACAGCUAUCCCACUUAUGCGGCCUCCGCGACCUCAGCGAAUGUCAUACUCAGGAGCGUUGUUGGUGCUCUCCUGCCUUUAGCUGGACCACCUCUUUAUGACAGUCUGGGACUCGGAUGGGGAAAUUCGUUGCUCGGAUUCAUCAGCAUUUUGAUGAUCCCUCUGCCGUUCAUUUUCUACAAGUAUGGAGCUGGCCUUCGCAAGGCGGAACGCUUCGCUCUGUAG